CACCAUCAAGAUUGGCCUGCAGGUGGGCGGUUUGAAAACUGGGGUCGGGUGGCUCUCCAGGUGGGGUGAUCAGCCGGACACGAGGCUAGCUCCACAAGCGGGGUGGAGGGUCAAUCUGAUUUAAUCCGACGCCCGCCGCGCCCAUCCUCUCCACAAUCCCUUUCUCACUAACGAUUGAGGAUGUCGUACAGAUGUCGGCGGGCUGGACCAAUUUCUCCGUGGGCAAUGGAAGCCACAACGGCGACGACGACGGCCCAUCGGUUGUCGGCGAAGAUCAGCCGGCUUGCGCGUCGUGCAAGAAGCGAAAGCUGCGGUGCUCAAGGGACACUCCAGUCUGCUCGCACUGUCUAAGGUUAUCAACUGAGUGCGUGUAUAAUCCAAAGCAGAAGCCAGGGUUGAAGCCCGGAGCAGUGGAGGCUUUGACGCGUCGCGUGGCUUUCCUGGAAAAAAUCUUGCUAGAUGAGUCUGGAAACAUCCGACCGCAGUACAAUGGAGAGCCAGAACAUCAGGCCGAUGUUGACAUCCCUCGCUACGAGUCACGUGCCAAUGUAGAAGAUCCAGCCCAGAGCGAUAAUGAUGUGACGGCGCCUCCACCCAAGGAACUACCGCCAAACAGUGUAUCAACACAUGAGGGUGAUACAGCGUCGAACCCUCUGAAGCGCAAAUAUGUUGAGCCCGAAGCCGAGCGCUGGCUGUUUGCUACUGAGGAGCUCGACCUUGCACAGCACCUGCCUUCUCAAGCUGUGCUUCUGAAAGUCGUUGACUUCUUCACAACGUCCUUCCAUCACUGGAUCCCGUAUCUACAUAAGAAAAGGCUUCAGAGUAGGGUCAGCGAAGGUAUCUGCAGUAAUGGAUUGCUACUUGUUCUGCACGCCCUGGUUGCUGUGGCGUUGCGCCACAUGGACCCAAAUGUCCUAUUCAUGGACGAGGAUGAGAUCCAGCGACAAUCAAGUUUUUCUCGAAUCAUCGUUGAAACGCACGCGAUUCGGUCGGUGUCUGUCGAAAGUCUGCAGGCGCUAAUCUUCAUCGUUUUUGACUACCUCAAUGACGGCAAGAACCACCGCGCGUGGCCACUGAUCGGCAGCCUGACAAGGACCAUCGGUUACCUUCAGCUCUCUACCGAGCCAUCCGCUGCAUCGCAAUCUAGCUUACUCAUGCGACCUGUGCGGCUGGCCCAACCGUCUAACGACUGGACUGAGCUUGAGGAGCGUAGACGAUUGUUCUGGAUUAUAUUCAUGCUCGACCGUUUCUGUUCCGUGACGACAGGCUGGGACACAAGCUUGACCUCCGACGAUGUGCAUCGACGUCUACCCGCGGAUGGUGGGUACUUUACUCGUGAAGAGCCCGUCGUUACGCCCUACUUUGGAAUAUGGAACAAAGCGGCCGCACGAAUCGGUCGGUCCCUGGCGAAUGUACCUGCUCCGUACAGUGAAGAAGACCCCGUUGCAGAGCAACCUCAAGGAGCCAGCCCAAACUCUGCCAAUGGUUACAUCGAUGCAUCGAAACUAGGUGCCUUUGCAUAUUGUGUGGAAGCUACAGAGUCGCUCAGUCAAGUGACGACAUUCUUCCUGCAGCAGAGGAUCAAUGCUCAGGACAAAGAACAUGCGGUCAGUUGGCUCACUCGGUUCAAGGAACUUGACUUGAGAUUGGUACAGUGGAAGUUGUUCUUGCCGGCCCGUUGGAAGGAUUCAAACAUCUCCGAGGACAGGACCGUGAUUAAUAUGGACCCGAACCUGACUCUCGCACACAUCACCCACAACACUUCUAUGAUUCUGCUCCAUCACCCUAUUGCGUUUCCUGCAAGGAGCUGGAAUGACUACGUGGCUUUGCCAAAGGAGUGCAGCGCUCAAACGUGUGAGCUUGCUGCGAUUGAGACCUCGAAUAUUGUCAGCAAGUUCCUGAUCUACACUCCUAUCCCGUUCGUCAACGUCCAGUUUGCUUUCUGCGCGUUUGUCGCUGCCAAGGCUCUUUUAUUCGAGCGUCACCAAAGUCCGCUUCGACCUGAGUUUGGCCGGAUUGUCCGAGACCUAUGGGAGAUGUCAAAGAGAUGGGAACAUAAUGCGGCCAGUGACGCGGAAUCACGACCAGCAAACCAGGCAGGCAUAUAUGCGCAACACCUGGAACGGCUUCAGGAAGCAUGUUCGCAAGAUCCAAACUAUCGGUUUGACUUCUACGAUCAUACUUGUACGUCGCUAGAGCCACAGCAGUAUGUUAGCCCUAUGAACGUCAUGACUCCAUUGCAGCGGACGGGUAGCUUUGCGCAAGAGCGGCCGAACUUGACCCAUGCAAGACAUCAUAGUCUAAAUAGCGUACACACAACGCUCAGCCCACGACAAAGAGCAUCACUUUCUGGGGCCGCUGGGGCCUCUCCGAUCGAGUACGCCGCACAGCCAUCUGUACAUGGUCCGAAUCUCGACGCGAUGUCGCCGAGAGGAGUCACAGCCGCGAAUGGGGCACUGCAUCCAAACGCCGCCCAUUCCAAACAAGGACGACAUGUUUUCCACUUAGGGCACGGUGUUGCCCCAGGUGCUCACUUCAAUGGCAUCCCCGGUGCACCCGGAAACCAACAGGCUAUGCAGGAUCAGUCUCUAUUAAGCCUUUCCGACACGUUUAUGGAUUCCCAGUUCCUUGAUAUGGAUCGCGUUAUUACUUUCGAGGAGGCAAACUUUUUCUUGCCGGGGGACGCUUAUAGAUGGCAGUAAGGAGUGCCGAUUCACUUGUCACAAUAUUUGUACGAACAUAUCAGACAUUAAUACACAUAGAUUGGACUUUGUCAUGCUUAGUUGUUGUAGCGGGAUAUGCCAACCGGAAAAAUCAAUCAGGGUGCACAGAGGGGAACCCCAAUUUAAGUCGCACGCUAGCCCGAUUCUCAUCAAGAUCAGCAGCCCAUAUGUCAUUCGGUCUACAUUUACCCCGGAGCCAGGCCUCCCCACGGGGUCAUUCGACGAUUGUCAAAGGAUGC